CGCGGCCAACAAGGAUGCGCUGGUGAACACGCAGGAAUUUCACACAGAGGAAAGAGAUGAAAUACCAACAGAAAACUCAUCACACCAGACACAGAUCAGGUUUAUAUAAACACAUGUACAAAUAUUCUUGAUUUCUGGAACACAAUAAGAUCUCAUAUGCACACUGAAGACAUACCUUUCACAUUAAUGUCAUUUUUAAUUGUAGAUUGAGGAACAACUGGCGCAUGCGCGUAAUUACGUAGUAGAAAACAUCACAGUUUGCUGCCUCAAUAAUUAUGCACAUGUGCAGAACGUAUCGUGUACUUAUCGACUGAUCCGUUUCACCUGCACGAUCCGUUCUGCACAUGCAGAUGGCCAAUUUCAGCUGGAGACUGAAUUUAUCAUACAGAUAAGUUUACAUACAAACUUUAUAAGAGAAACUCAGAAGUCUGACUGAACAAAUGAGUACACAGUAAUUGAAUAUGUUGGCAAUAAUAAUACAGCUUCAUUAAUUUGAUUAAUUAUUAUAUACACACAAACAAGCAUUUAAUAUAAAAAGUUGGAUUUAAAAUAGUUUCCUUCACAUUAAAGACAAGUUAAUGGCUUCAGUUUUCAUGUAGAGAUAAAAGACAAUAGAAAAAAUGAGCAGCCAGAAGAAAGAGAUUACAAAGGCAGCAAUGGCUAAUAUUUUUAACUCCAUGAAGAAUUAAAAUUCAGACAUACACUCGUGUGGUUGGUAGAUCAAUGGGCGAGAGAGACUCGCUUUCGGAUUAAAUUGAUAGAUUAAUUCCUGAAAAUAAUAAACACAUUAAACAAAUCAGGUGUUUUAUUGAUUGUGCCAACAGAUUUUUUCAGUUGAUUUUUGGUGUGAGCGAGUGAAGGUAAGGGGGACGAGAGGAGACAUAUGAGCUGGGGUCUUCUCCAGUGAACGCUUGUAUUCAUUAUCCUGAACCUGAGGAAUAAAGCUGUCAGGGGUUACUCUGGGAUUAAGAUGUAUAUACGGCAUGGAAAAAUAAUUGACAGAAACUACUGUAUUUACUGGACAUUGAUUUUGUUGGUGGUGAAGACGGUUGACCUAAAGGCAGGUGAGUCUUCAUCUUUCUGGAUUUGGUUUCUUUACCUGCACUCCAGGACUGAAGAGUGAUGCUCGGCUAACAGGUGGCUUCUGGUGGGGAACAAUACCAUAGUUUGCUUAUUUAUCAGGUCAAACUGAUCUGAAAAUAUUUAAACAAUUUGGUUGAAUAAUCCUAUAUUGUGCUUUAUUUUGUUAUGCUUUUGAUAUUUUUAAAAUAAGUGCAAAUUUUAUCAGAAUGUUUUGAAGGAAAAUCUUAUUUAAAUAAUGUGAGAAACCUAAAGCCGUUUUAAACAGCUGAUAUGGACAGCUGAGUAAAGAUACUCUCGAAUAUUUCACAGUCUGCUUUAACAGAAGGAAUUAUUGUUGUUACAAAUUAAACCAUGAAAAAAUUAAACCACACUGAGAACAAGCUUGAAUAAAAAAAAGGCAAAAACGGAUCUUGAGUAUUUUAAGAUCAACCUUAUUAAAGAGGGUAAGAUAACUGAUAGUAGUUUGGGAGAUAAUUAAAAUUUAAAGCUCAUUCCCAAGUUUAAUGAAGAUGUUUUUUUUUUUUUGGCUCUUGAGUGUGUUGCUGAAAUACAGGGUUGGUCUGAAGCAAACUGAGUUUUGAUGUUGAAAUGCAUGUUAGUGGAGAAAGCGCAGCUGGCUUUUUCGGCUUUAAGUGAAGACGAGAGUAAGAAUUAUAGAAUUGUUAAAGCCACAAUACUGAAAGCAUAUAAGUGUGUAUUUAAAAGAUAUUUGUCCAUUUAUUCUCCCUUUAUAAAAGGUCAAGUGUCUUUAGAGGACAAAGAAGUUCAAGAAAAAAUCCUGCAUGAUACAGGAGCUAUGGAUAAUUUUAUUUUAGAGGCCUUUUGUCAUUUUCUUUAGCGUCUGACACUGGUGACAGUGUUUUAAUUUGAGGAAUAGGCCUGAAAACCUUGUCAGUUCCUCUUCAUAAAAUUAGGAUUAACUUUGAUUUGGUGGUGAAGUAGUAGUAGGAUUGUGUCUGACUUUGCCCACUGAUGGUAUUCAUCUUAUUUUGAGGAAUAAAUUAGCAGGAAAUAAGUUGUGGCCCAGUAAACCUUCACCUCCUGUAGUUUUGUCAACUGGAGAGUUUGUUCAACACCCUGCUGUUGGAGAUCCUGUGGCUGUAACAACUCAAGCUUUGUCUAAAAGUGUUUAGGAACAGACAUCUGACAAUAAUGAGGUGUUAACUAAAACUAAUUCUUUGCCAUUACCUGAUUUAUCUGCUUUGUCUUUUCCUUUGUUCACAGAUCAGUUGAUUAACAUUUAGUUUCUUCUUUGGCUGAAUUGUUUUCUUCAGCUUUUAUUGUCAAUGACACAUCUGAUGUUGCCAGAGGAUAUGUUAUACAGGACGGGUUUUAGAAAAAUAUUGCAAUUAUUUUUUAACAAUUGUAACAUUUUUUGGACUGAUAACUUGUUGCUUUUACAAUGUUUUCACCAGCAGGUGGCGCCAUAUUUAUAUUUCCAGCGCUUCGAAACAGUAAACUCGUUUUCAGAAGAAAUUGAUUCGAAGCUUCAAAAAGUCUGCUGAUGAUGAGUGAAUGAUGCCACCUGUCGACUGCACUGAGAUCAGCACAGUACUGCACUCAUAUCUACACAGCCGUUUGCUGAUUUCGGCGGAGAUCUGACUGCAAGAAUGUGGCUGAACCUGUUAUUCUGUAAUGCAAAAGAACCAGAUAUUCAAAAACCUUUACCCCAUUACGCACAGACACAAAACAAGAUCAUUUAAACCUUAACAAACAGUAUGUUAAGUGUAUUAACUGUUUAAAGUCAGUGAGAAAUAAAUGUGUACUUGAAUAAGACUUGAAUCUUUAUCGAAUAUUUUGAUCAACGUGAAUUGAUUAAACGUUAUUAUUGAUUAAAUAUUAAUAUUUUUGACUUUCUCUCAACUUAAACCAUGUAAUCACAGUGAACAUAUCUCUGAUUAAACUUUGAUUUUUUUUAGUUGUUUAUAAAGGUUGUUGAUGUAUUUUAAAAAAUGUAAUAAAGUUAAAGUAAAACUGGAUCACUCGAUCUUCUCUCACUGUAGGGAUGUGUUCUAGUUAAUAUUGCGCUGAUCGAAAAAUGUCUGACAUCACGUAUCGCGAGAGCAGAUAACUCUGUAUGCUUUUGAUUCUUUCUCGCGGUAAUGUGAUGUCAUACACCAAUCGGUCUGAGCAGCAGCACAGAAGGUAUUUUUGUUGAACACACCUCUCUCUCUUUCACUGCUGUCAGUUAUAAACAGAUGUGUUUUUACAUGUCGCCAGUUUACACACCAGUUUUAAUGUGUCUAAAUAUAUCCGUGAACGUCAUUUAGGUGUACUUGUUAACUUUGAGGAAAAACAUUUUGACGGAGAUUCAUUCAGAGUCUGUGGAGGUGAUCAGAUUCAUUCAGAGUCUGUGGAGGUGAUCAGAUUCAUUCAGAGUCUGUGGAGGUGAUCAGAUUCAAUUCAGAGUCUGUGGAGGUGAAUCAGAUUCAUUCAGAGUCUGUGGAGGUGAUCAGAUUCAUUCAGAGUCUGUGGAGGUGAAUCAGAUUCAUUCAGAGUCUGUGGAUGAGAUCAGAUUCAUUCAGAGUCUGUGGAGGUGAUCAGAUUAAUCAGUGGAGAUCAGACUGAUGUGACUGAAGGAUUCAUGGCUCAUUCACAAAUAUUCAGAGAUGAAGAUGAUUCUCCAGGAGUCAGAUCAGACCAUCAGAAGAGAUCAGACUCAUCUCAGAUCAGCUGUUUGUCUAUGAAGAGUGAUCAGUCUAUGGAUCGUCCAAUACGAUUCCAGAAUAGAGAAACUUCACAUAGUCUGAGAAUUCUAAAAAUGCUGGAGAGAUGUGACAAACAUGUACAGCAGAAGAGAUCAGACUCAUCUCAGAUCAGUUGUGUGUCCAUGAAGAGUGACUGGUCUAUGAAUAAACCCCUAACAUUUCAGGACAGAGAAACAUCACCUGGUCUGAGGUCAUUAAUGUUGUCUGGAUCAGAUCAGAUCAAAGUAUCUGUAAGUGAUCAAACUAUAAAUGUUCAACAGUCCAAAAAAGGACAUUAUCAUAGAUUCAGUUAUCACUGUCAGCUUGCUGAAGUCCUGAACACAUUCAGAUCAAAUCUGAGGAAGAAGUUUGAGUGUUUGUAUGAGGUAACAUCAAAUAAGAGAAACCCAACACUACUGAAUGAGAUCUACACAGAGCUCUACAUCACAGAGAGUGAAAGUGGAGAGAUCAGUAAUGAACAUGAGGUGAGACAGAUUGAGACACAAUCCAGAAGAACAACAACAGAGGAGACACCAAUCAAAUGUAAUGACAUCUUUAAACCUUUACCUGAACAAGACAAACACAUCAGAAGUGUGCUGACAAAGGGAGUCGCUGGCAUUGGAAAAACAGUCUCUGUACAGAAGUUCAUUCUGGACUGGGCUGAAGAGAAAGAGAAUCAGGACGUCCACCUCAUAUUUCCACUUCCUUUCAGAGAGAUCAAUUUGAUGAAGAACAAAACACUCAGUCUUUUAGAUCUUCUUCGUCUUUUCUUCCCAGAGACAAAAGAAAUGGAAAUCUUCAGUGAUGAAUAUAAAGUGUUGUUCAUCUUUGAUGGUUUGGAUGAGUGUCGUCUGUCUCUGGAUUUUCACAGCAGUGUGAGGUUGUGUGAUGUAAGUGAAUCAACCUCAGUGGACGUGAUGCUGACAAACCUCAUCAAGGGGAAUCUGUGUCCCUCUGCUCUCAUCUGGAUCACCUCCAGACCAGCAGCAGCUGAUCUCAUCCCCUCUGAGUGUGUUGAUCGAGUCACAGAGGUACGAGGCUUCACUGAUCCACAGAAGGAGGAAUACUUCAGGAAGAGAAUCAGUGAUGAGAGUCUGUCUGAUCAAAUCAUCUCACACCUGAAGUCAUCCAGGAGUCUCUACAUCAUGUGUCACAUCCCAGUCUUCUGCUGGAUUUCAGUCACUGUUCUAGAGAGAAUGUUGAGUGAAGCAGAGAGAAGAGAGAUCCCCAAGACUCUCACUCAAAUGUACACACACUUCCUGAUCAUUCAGACAAACAUCAAACAUCAGAAGGACUAUGAGAAGAAAGACGAAGACAUGAUCUUCAAACUGGGGAAACUGGCUUUUGAGCAGCUUGUGAAAGGCAAUCUGAUCUUCUAUGAUGAAGACCUGAGAGAGUGUGACAUUGAUGUAGCAGAAGCAUCAGUGUACUCAGGAUUGUGUACUCAGAUCUUCAGAGAGGAGUUUGGUUUGUAUCAGGGGAAAGUUUACUGCUUUGUUCAUCUCAGCAUCCAGGAACAUCUAGCAGCUCUUUAUGCUCACCUUUCCUUCACAAACAACAACAGAAAUGUGUUUGAUCCUGAACCAGGUUGGUUUUCUAUAAUUUGGGGCAUAAUGAAACGUAUAUUAUUAGGAGAGGAUUCAUUAUCUGAGUUGCAUCAUCGAGCUGUAGAUGAAUCUUUACAGAGUAAGAAUGGACAUCUGGAUCUUUUCCUGCGUUUUCUUCUGGGUCUUUCACUGGAGUCCAAUCAGAUUCUCUUACAGGAUCUACUGACACAGAUGAGAAGAUGCUCCUACCUGAAAGAGAAAACUGUUGAGUACAUUAAAGAGAAGAUGAAUGAGAAUCUGUCUCCAGAGAAAUCCAUCAAUCUGAUUCACUGUCUGAAUGAACUGGGUGAUGAUUCACUGGUGAAGAAGAUUCAACAUUAUGUGACAUCUGGAGUAAGAGACUCCAAACUCUCCUGUUCACAGUGGGCAGCUUUAGUUUUUGUGUUGUUGACGUCUGAGCAGCAUUUGGAUGAACUUGAUCUAAAUAAAUUUAUUGGAGAUGAAAAUACAGCAGAUGAAGUUCUUGUGAGACUGCAGCCUCUGAUUAAAGAAACCAAAAAACUUCAGUUGAGUCAGUGUGAUAUCACAGAUGAAGGUUGUGUUGCUCUGACUUCAGCUCUGAGAUCAAACCCAUCACACCUGAGAGAUCUGAAUCUGUCUGGUAAUAAACUAAGAGAUUCAGGAGUGAAGCUGAUCUCUGAUGUACUGAAGAAUCCUGACUGUAAACUGAAGAUACUGUGGUUGUGGAGGUGUAAUAUCACAGAUGAAGGUUGUGUUGCUCUGACUUCAGCUCUGAGAUCAAACCCAUCACACCUGAGAGAUCUGGAUCUGUCUCUGAAUUAUAAACUAAGAGAUUCAGGAGUGAAGCUGAUCUCUGAUGUACUGAAGAAUCCUGACUGUAAACUGGAGAUACUGGAGUUGAGUGAGUGUAAUAUCACAGAUGAAGGUUGUGUUGCUCUGACUUCAGCUCUGAGAUCAAACCCAUCACACCUGAGAGAUCUGAAUCUGUCUUAUAAUUAUAAUCUAAGAGAUUCAGGAGUGAAGCUGAUCUCUGAUGUACUGAAGAAUCCUGACUGUAAACUGGAGAUACUGUGGUUGAGUGAGUGUAAUAUCACAGAUGAAGGUUGUGUUGCUCUGACUUCAGCUCUGAGAUCAAACCCAUCACACCUGAGAGAACUGAAUCUGUUUAAUAAUAAUCUCACAGAUUCAGGAGUGAAGCUGAUCUCUGAUGUACUGAAGAAUCCUGACUGUAAACUGAAGAUACUGUGGUUGUUUAAUUGUAAUAUCACAGAUGAAGGUUGUGUUGCUCUGACUUCAGCUCUGAGAUCAAACCCAUCACACCUGAGAGAUCUGAAUCUGUCUUUUAAUAAACUAAGAGAUUCAGGAGUGAAGCUGAUCUCUGAUGUACUGAAGAAUCCUGACUGUAAACUGGAGAAACUGUGGUUGAGUUAUUGUAAUAUCACAGAUGAAGGUUGUGUUUCUCUGACUUCAGCUCUGAGAUCAAACCCAUCACACCUGAGAGAACUGAAUCUGAACUGGAAUUAUCUCACAGGUUCAGGAGUGAAGCUGAUCUCUGAUCUAAAAGAUGAUCCACAUUAUAAACUACAGACAGUACAUGUUCGGCCUACAAUGCGAGUGAUGUAAAGAAGUAAAGAUGUCUGAUCUUCAGUUUGAUCUGCUGGUGAAUAAGAAGACACAAUAGUGACAUCACUUCCUCUUAACCGUAUGAGUUGAUUAUUCAGUACAGGAUCUGAUCUGUGACUUUAUCUAAAUCUGACUUUGAAGUGUUGGAGGUAAAUCUUCAUCCUAACUCAGCUUCUGUCUACACAUUUCCUAUAAGAGCGAUUUAUCAGUCAGUGUAAGAGGAGCAAGAAAUCCCAUAGGAUCAUAAAGUGAAGUAAAUACUGACAAGAUUCCUCUUCUUCUACACUGUUGGGGUUUUUAACUUCAUCUUAAACUGAAAUGUGUUCAAGUUCAGCACAACAUUGAAGACUCGCAGCUCAUUUAUCUCUAAAUCCAAAUAUUGGACAUCUUUGCUUUUGUGUUCUUCAGGAUCUGACUGCAGGACUUUUUGAUGAUUAUGUGAUCAAUUACAAAAAAAGUUGAGACACUGAAUGAAAUAAAAUAAAAUCACAAAGUUUAAUAAAAUGAUAAACUUGAUAUUUCAGCUUUGGUCUAUCGCUGUUGAUUAUCUGUCAGACUAUUUUUGAACGGCAGAGUCAAACAUUACAAUAAAUUUACAAUAAAACACAACACAUUCUAUGCCUAAUUCAAAAUAAAUGUAAAAACAAAACAGUAAAUUCAUACUCAGUGAACAGUACAUUAGGUCAUUAUUAUAAUUUGUACAAUCUUGAGGUAAAAUCCUGGGGCCUCAUUUAUCAACAUUGCGUAGAAAAUGUUCUAUAUUUGUACCUACGAAUGAAAUUUAGUUUGUGCGUAAGUACAAAAAAAUCAGGAUUUAUCAAACGUGUGCACGUGGUUCGUUUGCACAUCAGUAAGUAAUCCUUGAUGAUAAAUCCCAUUCGUUCUUAAGCACCAUGCUCGUGCACGUUGAUGGUCAUUUGCAUUCCGAAACGCCUUGAAUAAACCAUAUAUGGUGACAAAACCUCCGGUUAUAAGUCACGUGGUUGUGCUUUUUCCCUCACCGCAAUAAUGGCAAAGAGAGCGAAAAAGAGAAACUUUACAGACACAGAAACUUGGAUGAGGUUAAAUCCUUAUAACACAUACUGUUUGGUUCACUUUAUGCGCGAGGAAUGACUAACAAAAGAAAACAAAUCUGCAUGGGAACAUGUUACCAGUGAGUUUAAUUACGUUGGGUACAGUAUGAGAACACUCCUAAAAAUAAAAAGUGGUUUGACAUUAAAUUAAAAAACGCGUCACAGCACACCAACGUGAAAUCAGUGCAAAUGAAGGAGGACAGACAAUGACAGAACUUUCCACCUUGUACAGCAGCAUAUAACCAGCAUCAACGGCGUGAUCUGAAAUGCGCUCCCGGCGGAUGGAUGAUUUCCCAAGUCUUCCAAUAACACAAGAUAAGCCAUUGCACUGCAUUGUCAGCGCUUCAUUUAUAGUGGUAGACACCAAUUUGACGACAAAUCACAAAUAAAUCAUUAACUUCAACAAUGGUUUGCUGUUACUAUACACAAAUCAUUUUAGCACCUGCUUGAAGAUAAUAACUACACACUUCUUUACACACUGGGGAUGAUCCUGUGUAGUAUCGCUAUUCUAGCACUAGAUGCUCUGCGUACGGAUACUCAGAGGUGUGCGUAUAUUUACACACAUUUCUACGUAUAAGUGCAAUUUGAUAAAUUCCACACUUUGCGUAAAACUGUUCCUACGCACACUUUACGCACACUUCUGUGUGUACGCACGCUUGAUAAAUGAGGCCCCUAAACUCCAUCAAAGACGUCUGAACGUCAGGUGUUGUUUUAAAAAUGACCGCUUGAGGCGCUUUGGAGGCGUUUAUGUGCUUUGGUUGCUACAAUACUAGCUAUAGUAUUUUACAAGCUUGAUAGCAUUGUUUGUCUCGUGAAUAUACAGCAUAAAUUGGUGACAAGGAUAAAGUUUGUAGAUGAGUAUAAAGCAGAAAAUGAGUCCUGGGGUCCGUUCUUCGUACGUGCAUGGAUUACUCGGUUAGCUGGAUUUGAUUGUUGAUGAUUUGGCUUGAUCUUGGAUUAUUUGGUUCUUCAAAGCUCAUCCUAGAGUUGCUGUCAUAGCAACUGGUCCAUAAGAUUAAACCUGCUCAGGAGCAGACUUAUUUCUUGUAAACAAGAUUAGUUUGUACCUUUUAGCGGAUGUGAUACGGAAAGUCUGACGCAGUUGUGUAUUCUCCAUUAUACGAGAAAUACGAGAAGAGCUUUUCAAAUUCAAUACGUAAUAAAAAAGGAUCGAUUAAAACUUUUAGCGAUGUUAUUUAAAAAAUAUAUAAUAUAACAAAUAUAUUUUUUCUGUGCUUGUGCGACUUGUUUUUGUUUAACAGAUUUGAUUAUCAUUAAAUGAAUGACAAGACAAACAUGCUGAUCAAUUUCAUUUUAAAUUUAUUUAAAUUGUCAUAAAUAAAAACAGCAAUCAAUCAUACCCAGCAGUAAUAUAUGUUAUAAUAUGUACAAUAAAGAAUAUUACUCGGUGUGAAAUAAGUUUCAUUUGAAUAAACUCAUCUCCGAUAUUA